AUGCCUAUCACUAACAAGGAGGCUGCUCCCGGUGCUGCCAUGAAGGCCGAGAUCGAGGACUACACCAAGGCCCUGGAGGUCGUGAAGACCUACACCGUUCGGGAUGGUCUUGAUAUCGAUACUCUGCUGGACUCGGACAAGCACGGAGCUCUGACUUACAAUGACUUCCUCGUCCUGCCCGGCUAUAUCGGCUUUGCCGCCUCCGACGUUAGCCUGGACAGCCCCGUCACCAAGCGCAUCUCCCUGAAGGCUCCCCUCCUGUCCUCGCCCAUGGACACUGUCACUGAGCACAACAUGGCCAUCCACAUGGCUCUGCUCGGUGGUCUGGGUGUCAUUCACCACAACUGUGCCCCCAACGACCAGGCCGAGAUGGUCCGCAAGGUUAAGAGAUACGAGAACGGCUUCAUUCUGGACCCCGUCGUUCUUGCUCCUACUGCCACUGUCGGUGAGGCUAAGGACCUCAAGGCCAAGUGGGGAUUCGGUGGCUUCCCAGUCACUGAGAACGGAACCCUUCGUUCCAAGCUUAUUGGUAUGGUCACCUCUCGUGACAUUCAGUUCCACCAUGAACUGAACGACCCCGUCACCUCUAUCAUGGCCACUGAUCUGGUCACCGCCCCCGCUGGCACUACUCUGGCUGAGGCCAACCAGGUUCUCCGUCAGUCCAAGAAGGGCAAGCUGCCUAUUGUCGAUGAGGCUGGUAACAUUGUCUCCCUGCUGUCUCGCUCGGACUUGAUGAAGAACCUGCACUACCCUCUGGCCUCCAAGCUCCCCGACUCUAAACAGCUCAUCUGUGCUGCUGCGAUCGGCACCCGCGAGGAGGACAAGGCUCGUCUUAAGCUCCUUGUUGAGGCUGGUCUGGACAUUGUUAUCCUGGACAGCAGCAACGGUAGCAGUAUGUACCAAGUUCAGAUGGUCAAGUACAUCAAGGAGACAUUCCCCGACAUUGAUGUUAUUGCCGGUAACGUUGUUACCCGUGAGCAGGCUGCUGUUCUGAUUUCUGCCGGUGCCGAUGGCCUGAGAAUUGGCAUGGGUAGCGGUAGUGCCUGUAUCACCCAGGAGGUCAUGGCUUGUGGCCGUCCCCAGGCUGCUGCUGUCCGCAGUGUCUCUGCCUUCGCUGCUCGUUUUGGCGUUCCCUGCAUUGCUGAUGGUGGUAUCCAAAACGUUGGUCACAUCGUUAAGGGUCUGGCCAUGGGUGCUAGCACUGUCAUGAUGGGCGGUCUCCUUGCCGGUACCACCGAGUCCCCUGGCGAGUACUACGUUAGUAACGAAGGCCAGCUCGUCAAGGCCUACCGUGGUAUGGGCUCCAUCGCCGCCAUGGAGGACAAGAAGGCCGGUGCCAACAGCAAGGAUAGCAAGGCUUCCAACGCCGGCACUGCCCGUUACUUCUCUGAGAAGAGCAACGUUCUGGUCGCCCAGGGUGUUGCUGGCUCCGUCCUUGACCGCGGUUCCGUUACCAAGUUCAUCCCUUACCUCAUGGCUGGUGUCCAGCACUCUCUUCAGGAUAUGGGUAUCGAGAGCCUGGACAGCCUGCACCAGGGUGUUAACAACGGCAUUGUCCGCUUUGAGAUGCGUAGUGCAAGUGCUAUGACCGAGGGUAAUGUCCACGGUCUGCACAGCUACGACAAGAAGCUUUACUCGUAG